AUGAAUGAUCCUGAUGGCAAAAACCGUUGGGACAGUCCCUGUUUUACCCCAGAGUCGAUUCUAGACCCCACUCCGAUUUUUUUGAGCCUUUUCAAAAAGGCUCCUCCAAAACCGAAUCAGGCAACAGAAAAUCCACCACUGAGCUCAACGAAUUUUUUGUACGACUUGGACAGUAUGACUGAAACUGUCACAGAUGAGCUUAUAAAAGCUAAAAAGAGCGGAUAG